AGGAAAUGGGCGAGAGUCAGCCGGUCGUCCCCCUGGCUCAGUACGCCGGAGUCACCCGGGAGCGCUUCCUGCGAGAGAUCUACCCACUGAGAAAGCCAGCAGUCCUGACAGGAAUAGAUCUGGGCCCCUGCACAGCCAAAUGGACCGUGGAUUACCUUAGUCAAGCGGUAGGAAAUAAAGAAGUCAAAGUUCAUGUCUCCGCUGGGCCGCAGAUGGAUUUCCUCAGUAAGAACUUUGUGUAUAGGACAUUGCCCUUUGACGUAUUUGUGAAGAGAGCAGCUGAAGCCAGACACGCAGAGUACUUUAUUUCUGAGGAUGAAAAGUAUUAUCUACGAUCUCUUGGAGAAGAUCCUCGGAAGGUAAUGGACAACUUCUUAAUUCAAGUGACGGGGAGGAAACGAGUUGUCCUGUACAGUCCCCGGGAUGCCCCUUAUCUGUAUUUGUCAGGCACCAAGUCAGAGGUGCUGGAUGUGGAUGAGCCAGACUUGAAGAGAUACCCUCUCUUUGCCAAGGCCAGGCGUUAUGAGUGUUUUCUCAAAGCGGGAGAAGUUCUGUUCAUACCAGCUCUGUGGUUCCACAACGUGACUUCGGAGGAGUUUGGGGUUGGAAUCAACGUCUUUUGGAAACACCUUCCUGCCGAAUGUUACGACAAGACAGACACUUAUGGAAACAAAGACCUUGCUGCGGCCUCGAGGGCGGCUCAGAUUUUGGACAGGGCGUUGAAGACACUCGAUGAGCUGCCCGAGGAAUACAAAGACUUUUACGGCCGGAGAAUGGUUUUACGUAUCCAAGAAAAAACGUAUAGCACUAACUAUGAAUAA